AUGGCGGCGGCGCUGCCCCCAGCGGGCCGCUCCAAGGGGGACAUCCGGGAGCAGGUGUGGGAGCACCUGGAGGCCUCGGGCCUGGCCGACUUCCCGCGGCCCGUGCGCGGCCGCAUCCCCAACUUCAAGGGCUCCUCCCACGCUGCCACCAGGCUCCUGGGCUUGCAGCACUUCCGAGCUGCCCGAGCAGUAAAAAUAAACCCCGAUGCUCCCCAGAGGAACGCCCGCUUCCUCACGCUGGAAGCAAGGAAGACUUUGCUGGUUCCCACACCACGUCUGAGGACUGGGCUGUUCAACAGGAUUGUUCCCCCUCCAGGUGCAACCAAGGAGAUGCUGAGGAGAUGUGCCACAUCCCAGGGUGUGAGAGACUUCAGCGUGCCUGUGGGGCUGGAUAGCAAAGCACAAGUGGACUUGGUUGUUGUGGGGUCAGUGGCUGUCUCUGAAAAAGGCUGGAGAAUUGGCAAAGGGGAAGGUUAUGCAGACAUGGAAUAUGCAAUGAUGGUGUCCAUGGGGGCAGUGCAGGAGGACACACCUGUGGUCACCAUUGUGCACGACUGCCAGGUGCUUGACAUAGCAGAGGAGCUGCUGGGUGACCAUGAUUUAACUGUGGAUUACAUCCUCACUCCAACCAGGACCAUCCAGACCCACUGCAAACGACCAAAACCUCAGGGAAUAAUGUGGCACAAGGUCAGCUCUGAGAUGCUGGGAAAAAUCCCCAUCCUAAAGACUCUUCGCUGGAGGGAGAAGCAGGCUGGCAAGGAUGUCACCCUCCAAGAUGAACACCCAGCCCUGGCAAACACCAGCAGAGCAGCAAUUCCAGACAGGAAGGUGAUGGCUGCAAAUCCCCAGCCAUGGAGUGACCCUGUAAAUCCCAAAUCUGUAAAUCCCAAAUCUGAGGGCUCUGACACCACCACCACUGUGUACGUGGGGAACCUGCCUGGCAGCCUGAGGGUGAGCCAGCUGAAAAGUGUCCUGAGGGAGCUGCAGGUGCUUCCUGCUGCCCUGAAGUGGCAGGGGGCACAGCACAGAGCUUUCCUGGACUACAGGGACCAGGGGGCUGCACACAGAGCUCUGUCCUCCUUGCAGGGCCUGAGCCUUGGGGGCAAUGCCCUGAGAGUGGAGCUGGCCAAGAGCCACAGGGACAAAGGGCAAGGAGAAAUCAAUACCCACAAAUGAGUAUGGAGGGGGAAAACCCACAAAAAAGGUGUUUUCAUUGUUUUGUGAGAAACCAACCUGAAGUUUUAAGGUUUUUGUAACCCUCAGGUUUAACAAAACCAAAUUUCUGCACAAACUUUCCUCACUUCUACACAUGGACAUGCAAAGGUUUGUCCCCACAAGUGGCAGAGGAGCCAUUUCUCCAUAAAUAAUUGCCCACAAAGUACCCACACUCUGGUUUUGGUGCUGUUUAGUGGUUUUGUUAAGCCUGGCUUAAAGCCCUGCCCCUUGAUACCUGUGAGGUUAAAAGGCAGCAGCAGGAAUUCUGUCCUGAGGGUAACAAUUCUGUUUACUGAAAAAUGGGCUUUGCCUGUUAGAAGUUUUCAAUUUAUUUUUUAUAAAAAUGACCAGGGAGAGAGAGAGAUUAUGCUUUUUGUGCCUUGCAGAGUGGCUGUGGAGACACUGGCUUUGUUCUAGCUCUAGUGAGAGCUAGUAACACCAGGUGGGAAAGAUGGGAACCCUUUCUCAGCUUUUGGCUAAAUCAGCCCUUGAUAAACCUUUUAUUUCUUAUUUCAGAGCAAAACAAAUACUAAUUUCAAAUCCCAAUUUUCUUUGCUUUUCCCUAAAACUGCUUUUCUGAUGGAUCAGAUAAUGAUAAAAUUAUAAUUUUAGAAUUUAGCUAUAUAAUUUUAUAAUUUAGCUGUAUAAUUUUAUAAUUCAGCUGCUUUUCCUGAUUGUCUCUUCUCAUGGGAUGUGAUUCCUUUGCCUCUGUGAAAUAACAUUAUUAUUAUUAUUAUUAUUAUUAUUAUUAUUAUUAUUAUUAUUAUUAUUAUUAUUAUUAUUAUUGUUAUUAUUAUUAUUAUUAUUAUUAUUAUUAUUAUUAUUAUUGAAAUGGAAAGCAGGCACACCAUGGUCAGAACUUGUUGGUGCUCAGUCUGGCAUGGAAUUCUUUGGGAAUUUGCUGGAGAUUGAUGCUUUGUCACCAUCCCUGAUGCUCUUCCACAUCCCAGUGAGGAAGAUGAGGCAUCACCACUCAACUUCUCCAGCUGAAAAUGCUCCCAGGCACUGUCCUGAACAUGAACAUUCCCUCCCAGUGGAAUGGCCAAUAAUUAUUUAUCUGCUAUGGCUCUUAUUACCUUUUUUUUUUCCCUCUUGGGUUUCCUAUUCCUGAAAAACAAGUUAAAUUUUGGCCCAGCCAUCCUUUCUAAACAGAAGCACUUUUGCCAGUGGUGCUGGGCACGUAGUCAAAGUAAGCAUCUAAAUGGAUUUUUUUUUUUUUAAGUAAGAGUUGGAAAGUUUUUUCUUUUAGCCAGGGAGUACUGUUAAGUAUAUUUUAAGCAGAUUAUUAUGCCUUGAGGGUCAGACAUUUAUUCCGUAUUAAAUAUAAAGUUCUCAUCAUUUAUGGGCCUGUAGGGAAGGGCUGAAGGAAAGCUUUGGAGUACAGGAAGGACAAAGAGCACCAGAGGAGGCAGCAGGAUGGGCAGAGGGAUGGAGCAGCUCUGCUGGGAGGAAAGGUAGAGAGAGUUGGGAUUGUUCAGCCUGGAGGAAGGUUUUGGGGCGAGCUCAUCACUUUCCAAAUGGAAAUGACUCCUUCUCCCAAAGGAGAGGGAGAGUGGAUAAGGCAUGGAUGGACAGGACCCAGUGAAAGGCUUCAAACUGCCAGAGAGUGGAUUUAGGUGGGAUUUUGGGAAGGAGUUGUUCUCUGUGAGGGUGCUGAGGCCCUGGCACAGGUGCCCAGAGCAGCUGUGGCUGCCCCUGGAUCCCUGGCAGUGCUGGACAGGGCUGGGGCACCCUGGCUUGGUGGAAGGUGUCCUUGUUCACAGUCCUUGUUCGCAGCACAGGAGCUGCAACAAGAUGAUCUUUGAAAUCCCUUCCAACCCAAACCAUUCUGUCAUUCUGUGAACUUCUUGUAAGGUCAGCAAAGGGUCUGGAACAAAUCAGGAGUCCCAUUCCAUUCUUUGUGCAGCUCCAAAUGAUUUCCAGUAUCACUGAGCCCAAACUCAGGCUGCACAACCCUCUGGGUCUCAUUGCAGCCCUUGGCAUUCAAGGCUGAGAGCCAGGGUUAUGUUACUGCCCAAACACACUCCCUGCAUCAGCAGCUUCCAAAGCAGAGGAAAGAAAAGCAAAAAAAUAAUUAUCCAUCCCUGCCUGCCCCUUCCAAAUGAUGGCAAAUUGAGUAAUGAGAUCAUUUGCUGUUCCUUUUCACUCUGGGAUAUUUCUUGCUCUGCUGAAGAUAUCCAGGUGACCUUAGCAGUUAAAAUCCAGUGACUCUGCCAAAGAAAACUUCCAGCAUCUCAAACUUGCCCUGUUGCAUUUCAGGUGUGACCCUUUUCUGGUCCCAUUUGUGGGGAUCACAUCCUCUACCUUAUUUCCUUUCUUCCCAUCUUGAGUUUCAGUGCAGAUCUGUUUGUGUGCUCUGUAAAUGUGGUGACUUUGCUUGCUUUCCUGUCAGCCCAGCCUGCAGCCAGGGCCCAGCUUGGUUUGGACAAACAUCUGGAUGUUUUUCUGUUUGCAGUUGUGGCUCUGGGUGAACCCACAGGUGAGCAGUGUCCAAAACCUUGGCUCUUUCCAGCCUGUCAUUUGUUUCUGUCGUGUUUCAAUGCCACUUUUCACUGUAUUUACCCAAUAUCCUUUCCCAGCUGAGAGUGAAACUCCAAACCAUGCCAUGAGGAGUUGCUGACUAGGGCCGUGCAACAGGUUGGAAAUCAGGAGGAAUUUCUUCAUGGAAAGGGUGGUCAGGAGGUGGUGGAGGUGUCCAGGGAAGGGCUGGAGCUGGCACUCAGUGCUCUGGGCUGCUGACAAGGUGGGGAUGGGUCACAGAUUGGAUUUGAUUAUCCUGGAGCUCUUUUCCAACUUUUAUGAUUCUAUGAACUGUGGUUAGGAGAAAAAAAUAAUUACUGUAAGCGUAUUAGCAUUUUGAAUGGAUUGGAAAAAUGCUGCAGAAUUUUGUAUUUUUGAUCAGGUUAUUAAUAAAUAUCAAGGUUUUUCAGGUGCUGCCGUCUCAGUCAGUAAAUCCCUGUCUGAAAUCAGGAUGGGGCUCUUGGUGCUGCCCUUCUCCAGCUAAAAGACAUUUCAGUGCCAGCUGCCAAACUGCUGUUGAAUAAAUGAAAUUAAUUAAACACAGGAAUGGCCAAGGCACAGCCCUGCAUGGCCUUCUGGUGUCUGCA